GUUGAGCGAAAGCUUCUUUUAUUAGAGCAACAAUCAUUUGAACAGUUGGAAAUGUAGCGAAUACCUACCAGCUUCGGAGGGCUUCUUGUUCUCAAGGUUGCAAUGAGCAAAAGAAAUCAGUGAGCUGAUCAAGGAUAAUUUCGGUUUUUAUUCUAUAAUGAUUAUUAGAAAAUUUGAUGACUCGAAUUCUUCUUAAAAAGAUCUAGGUUUUGUUUAUUGUUUUAUGUGUCAAAUCUCCAUGCAAAAUUUUCUGUUUUAAAGUCAUGAAGAUCAUGAAAAGCACGGUUCCUCACGCAAACAUCGACGGGAUAGCCGCUCACGUUCACAUGAUAAAGACAAAGAACUGCGCAUUCAAAUGAAGCCUUUGAUGCUUUCUUCAGAUAAUGAAUUAACUCGACAAAAUGAGAUUAGCUACAUCGAAGGUUCAAGUUUCACACAGAAAAGUUUCUCUUCUUCGCGUAAACAAGACACACUACUGAAUCCGGAUUCACAUUCACGGUCGACAGGUGUCAAUUCAGGUCAAUACUCCUCAAUGAUUUUGGAAAGAGCACACGAAGCGGCUAUAUUUGGUCAUUCUUCAGUUCCUUUACCUUCCAUUCUUGGUACAGAUCCAGCUGAAGGCAAAGAUAAACUAGUUUCUUCUGUGGAUACAGUGAAGCAACUACUUCAUCAUUCGCUGGAUAAAUCCGAUCCUUCCACAUGGGAUGCUUGGUUGUUGAAACUUGCUGAAUUUAAGGCACGUCGAGCAAAUAAGAUUUCAUCUACCAUAAACACAAAUCAGAAAAAGAGAAUUAAUGGAAUUGGAUAAUAAAGUAUACUUUUCUUAUAACUUACUAAUGGUUAGAUCUAUUUAAGUCAUUAUAGUUUUUAUUUCCUGCGAAUACAACAUGUACUUUUUUAACGUAUUCUUUUUGUGAAAUAUUACUACGAAUAAAUAAAUGUAAAUCAA